GUUGAGGAACAGCGCCAGGCGGCAGCCAAGGCUGCCCACCUACACGCUGAAGCGGAAAUAGAAAAUGAAAAGCAGGGGCUUCAGGCCGCAGCUGACGCAGAUGCCCAGGUCGCUGGAAGGAGGCCCAGGAUCUGCUGCAGCGGCACGAAGCCGCCAACGUCGACAGGCUCAAGUUUUUUGGCGUUUUGAACCAUCUGAGGGCCACAACCACACGACACUGGAAGAGCAGCACAAGGAGUUUCUCGCCAAACUUGUGACCUGGUUGGUUUACACUUGUAACCACCUACAGUCCGAGGUGGCAAAUCUCGGACGGUCAGUGCGGAACCACAACGAUCUGCACGAGGAUGCUACAUGGGCACUCCAUUCCCGUGUACAAAACUUGGAGCAAGCAGCACCAGGACCAGAUGGUGGCGAACCCAGCAAUGCAACCUCAACCCGCCAGUUGGAGCAACGAGUUGACCAUGUAGUCGCAAUGCUCGGCGAUAUCAACACCUUUGCCGCACCAGCCACCAUCAGCGAGCAGCUCGAUACCUUGAAGACCGAGGUUCGACAACUACACCAGCUGCCCGACAACGAUGGCAACACCAGUGCAUCGUGGGCGUACAAGACGCUGAUGUUCCGGAUCGAGAAGUUUGAUGACUAUACGCAUCAGGACCCAGUCACUUGGUGGCAAGGAUUUACAACGGAGAUUGAGAUUCAUGAGGUCCCCAAUCACUUGUGCAUCUCAACGUUGUUCCUCAAUGCCAAGGGCGGAUGCCAGAUCUGGCUCAGUCACAUGGCAACCAUCCACGGCGUCCAGGUCUUCGACCUGCACAAGAAGAUCUCCUGGGACGAUAUGACGAAGGAAUGGAAGAAGCGGUUUAUUGUGGACGAUGCCCCGACGCUCGCUAUCAACCGCCUCUUCGCCAUGACUCAAGGCAACACACCGACACGCGAUUGGCUGACCGAAUGGCAAAAGAUCGUGGCAACACCCGAUCUCGAGUUGUCAUUUUCACAUAUGCACCGGGAGUUCUACAACCGGUCGUGUGCCGCCUUGAGCCUCGCACUCGUACGAGCUCCGUUGAUGAACGUUGGAGUAGAGGUUGUUGACCUUCACGACUACGUUGCAAAGAUCGCCCACGAGUUCAAGACACAACGUCGAAGUUUGGACGAGCAUGAGGAACACCUGCACACCGUUUUGGAACGGCUACGACAAGCCAACUACAACGCCAACCGCGAUAAAUGCGAAUUCACGGGGCAAGAGCUCGAGUACUUGGGCCAUUUUGUGACACCGCAAGGCCUCCAUCCGCUCGCGGACAAGAUCGAUGCCAUCCGAGUAUGGCCGGAGCCCACCAACACCACGGAAGUUCGCUCAUUCAUGGGGUUGGCGGGCUACUACCAACGCUUCAUCACCGGGUACUCAAGGAGCGCUGCACCAUUGACGAGACUACAAUCGCCAAAGGUGCCAUUCGUAUUCAGCGACGAAGCGCCUCGGUCAUUCCAAGCACUCAAGGCGGCCAUGCUCAUGGCACCCGUCCUUAGCAUCUACGACCCAACCUUGCCAACGAGAGUGACGACUGACACUUCCAGCUAUGGCAUUCGGGCAGUCUUGGAACAACACGACGGACAGGACCCGAUGUGGCUUUUAGGGGACACUGAGGCAAGGGCUCGACAGGCGGGGGAAAGGUUUGCUAACAAGGGUUGGGAUACGGUCACCAAUAGAGUCGUGAUGGGAGGAUGGAAGGAAUUUAAACCGCUUGGCACCCGAACCAAGAUCUGGGUGCCCGAGUUCGUGGCGGACUGGUUUGGGGGCUUUGAACAUGUAACAGAGGUGGUGAACACGAUGGAACGAACACACGUGGACUGCGCAUGGCUGGCAGAGGAAUUCUAUAGGACGUCCUUGAAAUUCGGGCCCUUCCACGGCGAUAGAGCCCGGGAGGAGAUUUCUCAGUCCAAAAUGGCGAUGAGACGCGCCCGGAUGUCACGACGGCCCACGUACCCGCGACCACCCACAGAAAGUGGAGGUGGAUGGGAGGUAUCGCUUCCAGCAAGCUACAUGGUCCGAGGACUGGAUACCGAAUGGAUGGCCGUGACCUUGGGAAGGGAUCAGGCGUUCAUGAUGGUGGAAUGUUUGUGGGAUGCAGCUGUCAAGGUCGCGGACAACCAGUUGAAACAGCUGGAUGCACGCAUUGCUACCUUGGAGGCAAGGCCUCCCCAAGCAGCGCCAGGCUGCACGCCAGAUAUGACAGACACGACGAAGCAGCUCAAUGGGCGCAUCGAUCAUGUCGGCGAUAUAGGUGUUUUCAAUGGGCCGGACACGAUCAGUAGCACGGUGGCGGCCAUCAAGACAAACAUCACCAAGCUGCAGACGAAACGGGACGCCGCUACGAAGAGUUACAAGAUGCCACACUUCGACAUCAGCAAGUUCGACGACCACAACAAGACGGACGCCUUGGCAUGGUGGCAACGUUUCCUUACGGAAGCAUCAUGCUGCACUGUCCCAGACGACUACAUGAUGAAGGCGCUAUACUUACAGCUGAUUGGAGGAGCGCAGGCAUGGAUGAACCACCUGGCGGCUACCCACACAUGCACCAUCGCCGAACUUCACACGCACAUCACGUGGAAGGAGUUCGAGCAGUUAUGGUUCACCCGGUUCAUGGUCCGCAACGUCGUGAAGGCGGCCAUGAAUGAGGUGUACACAUGCUCUCAAGGGAACAUGCCAACUCGAGACUGGACAACCAAGUGGCAGAAGAUAGUGACCACGCCAGGCUUCGAUUUGACUUUUCCUAAUCAACGAUCCGAGUUCUUCUCGCGAUCGUGCGCAGGAUUGCGGUCGACACUCGGUAACGAAUACGACUAUACCUCGUUCCAGGCUAUCCUGGAUCGCGCAAACCUGGUCAUCCAAACGGACGACAAGGCCGCUAGCGAGAAACAAUCCCAGCCGCAUUAUGUGGCCAAGCAGGGCUAUCAACUUCCGGCACAUAACAAUGCCGUGAUUUCGAAAGAAACAGACGAUCUCCACGCUGCAGCAGAAUCCUCGAGUGAUGGAGGAAUUGUAGCAGCACUCCAGCCGAAGCGUCCUAAGAGGGUCCGGAAACCCAAGGCGAGACAAGAGACGGCAUCGACGGGAACUGGGCAGCAGCCAUGGACGGCCUACAAUAUACAAAGGAAGUCUAUGAACUUCGUCAGAAGCAUUCGUCCCUUAGCGGACAAGAUCCAAGCCAUCGUGGAUUGGCCGGAACCCCGUUACAUAGACGUCCCUUGCUCUCCCGCUUUCGUUCCGAAGUACCGGGACUUGCUGAUCAAAGCCCGUGCGAAUAUGCAAAAGGCUCAAAUCCGCAUGCAACAGCAAGCUAACCGACGUCGACUUCCAUGUCCUUUCCCCGAGGGAGACCUUGUUUGGGUCCUCUCCGAGGAAUUUGCGCUCGAGCAGGACGUUUCGCGCAAACUCCUUUCGAAAUGGUUCGGACCAUGGGAAGUCACUUCUGCCGUUGGAGACGACCCCGCAAGUCCUUCCUUCGUGAUCAACAUUCCACCGCACCUUACAGUGCAUUGGGUCUUCCACACGUCGAAGCUGGCCAUCUACACUCCACCUAUAGCUGACGAGUUUCCCGGACGUCGAUCACAGGAUCCGCCUUCCAUGGACGGACAUCAGGAAGUUGACCGAGUCAUCACGCACCGCAAGUAUGGCAACAAGCCAAUGCAGUACAAAGUCACAUUCAAGCAAUGUGCGCCUGACGACACUCGGUGGAUCUCUAGUGCAGACUUGCAGACUUCUGCACCCCUUAUCUUCGCCAACUAUGAGAAGACACGACUUGGACAGACAACUCCGCCCUCGCAAGUAGCUCGACUGCUAAAGAAGGAGGCAAUCUUGAAGUGGGACCAAGACUGUACAUUGGCCCUGAAGAAGUUGAAACGGGCCUUGAGAGAGUACCCAAUCCUCAAGGUAGCUGAUCCAUCCUUACCUUUCGUCGUUACCACUGAUGUGAGUCAGUAUGGCAUUGGUGUUGUCUUACAGCAAGAUGAUGGCAAUGGGUAUAGACCCGUAGAGUUCAUGUCUGCUAGGUUGUCUUCAGAGAAGGUAGCGACCUAUACUUAUGAGAGGGAACUCUACGCUCUCAGAUCGAUCAAUCCAUCGCGGACUCUGCUUGCAACAGGUGGAGGAGAUCCGGACGAUGUCGCCAUUUUCCUACUCCCCAGCUUUGAGCCAAUGUCACUCCUUUCAAAACAUGAAGACUGGAUCUUUGCCUCAGAUUGGGUGUCUGACAAGGUUCUGGCCACAUGUUCUCGUGAUACGUCAGUAAAGCUAUGGUGUGUGCAGGAGGAGAGAGACUGCUUUGUUGUUGAUGAACCAGUGGUGAGCAAAGUAGAGCACAAGGACAAGGUCCGGGAUCUCAAGUAUUCGCCAACGACUGAUCGAUUGGUCUCCUUGAGCCAAGAUGAAACGUGCAAGAUAUGGGAUCCCCAUGUCAUGGAAGUGGUACAUACAGUUCGACUAUCAUACAAGAAGGAGCUGGUUUGCCUCGCUGUGGAGGCACCACUGAUUGCAGUUGGCUCGCAGAGACACAUAACACUUGUGGACAUGAGGUGUAGUCAUGAAGCAAGCCAUAUAAACUCCAAGGAUGAAAACAAUGAUCUUCGGGUGCACCGAAGUGUUAUAGGCGAACUCGAUGUCGGGAAGCCGGUCAACCCAAUCUUUCUGGUGGGGACGGAUGAGCGUACGCAACAUCAUCUGAGCGGUCUGGUGCGCUCUCUCCGUGUGGCCAUCCGUCUGCGGGUGGCGAGCCGAGCUCGGCUUCAUUGUCGUACUGGAAGUCCGAAAGGCCGACAUGAAGCGAGUAUCUCGGUCGCUCACUAUGUCUUCCGGAACACCCUAGUUGGUAAUCCAACUGGUGUGCAAGAGUCGUGCGAGCUCAGGUGCUGCAGCAUGAUACUUGCAAGGAAGGAAGCGAGCAUACUUGCUCAAACGGUCAACGACCGUGAGAAUGCCGUCAUGGUCGUGGCGAUCGCGGGGGAACGGGCCUGUUACGUCCAUAGCAAUGGAGAGGCGCGGUGCCCGAGGAAUCGGCAAUGGUUUCAGUUCGCCGAAGGGGACUCGAGAUCGACCCUUGUUGCGGUGGCAAACUGCGCAUGACUCAAUAAACCUCGUGACGUCAU